AUGACGCAUACAUUGUAUUUCGGAUGGAUUUUGGUUUUGAUGGGCGGGGUUUUUGGGGCUACUGUAUAUUACGAUAACUUAAGGGCACGGGAAUUGAUUGCUGCUUUAUGUUCGAAUGAUAAGUUUUCCAAAACUAAUGUUCCUAUUAGCUAUGUAUGUCCGAGUACAAUCAGAUCACAAUUGGCUUCAUGUGGACCCCAUUGCCAGCUGAGUGAUAGUGAGGGUCGAUCUAGUAAUGGGCUGGAUAACUUUCAGGCGGAUGUUGGUGAACACUUUACUCUCUUUGAAGAGGCUAGUCAGAAACAGAUGUACAUAAGUCUUGAUUUGAAGAAGAUCAUUGAGCGAUAUACAGGAUACAAAGAAGGAUGGGUAGUUUGGGGGAAGAUGUAUGAAGUUGUUCGUGAUGAUCCGGUAUUGCGGAUGGCCGUGAGUGGAGUGCACUGCUCGGUGACUAUUCAUAAAUGCGCCUUCUAUAAUGUGGAUCCUAGUUCGCGUAAGCUGUUUAUGAACUAUGCGAUGAUGGGCCAGCAGGUGCGGCCGGAGUACUUGCAUAAUUUGAAAUCGACCUUGGACUUGUUACUAUCACUGCUGCCCCAGUGUAUUGGGUACAUGGAGAUGGUGGCUCAGGGCGAUCCGGGGGCCAUGAUAUUGUGUCAGGAGUUGAGAAGAGCUCUUCCAGAUGUUCGGUAUAACUAUGAUCAAUAUCCGGUUGAUCAACGGACUGUGGAGCGAGCGGAGGCCUUAUCGGAUCUGAUUGGGUGUGUGCGAUGCAUGCGAUGUAAAGUCUGGGGGAAGGUGCAAUUUGAAGGGCUUAAAUGUGCCAUUCUGUUGAUGUUACAGUCACGAAAUGAGCAGGCAAGGGUUUCGGCUACAGAUAUUGUUUAUUUGGUCAAUUUAAUCAAUAAGAUGUCUACAGCAGCUAUUCAGUUCAACCGCUAUCUGGCGCAGGUCCUGGAAAAGAAAGCCAAUCAAGUGCGAAAACAGGAGAAAAUAAGAGCAAUUGUAGAUGGUACAUACUCAGCUCUAAGUGUUCCUUUGUUGUUUCCUCGCAAAGAUCUAGUCAAAAGACGACACUAA